CGCGCCGCAUCCCCCUCCGGGCUCCGGCCCUCCCAUCCUCUCUCUCUCUCUCUCUCUCGCUCGCAUCGCCUACCUAGACGCUGCCGCCGUCGCCUCGCCUCCCUAUCACGCCCAUCCCCUCCCUUCCUCACUCUCGCGCCUCGCUGCCACGCCGCGCCGACGCCGUCGCCCCGCCGCCGUCGUCGCCGUACGCCAUCCCCCCGCCGCCGCCGUGCAUCAUCUGGCGCCGGUCCCCCCCUUCCCCCUUCUUCGCCCUCCCCUCGCGGCGGCGGCGUAACCGGCGCCAGUAUCCCCCUCCCCUCGUGGCGGCGUCAGAGUCGGCUCCGGUGCUCCCCUCCCUCCUCCAUCCCCUUUCGACGGCGUUGGGGAUGGUGGCAACGCCGGUAGGGGUGGCGGUGUGAGGUGCGGGUAGAAAGGAGCUGGUGACGGGCGGGGAAGAGGUGUCCCGAUCUGCACCGACUCGAUCUGCGCGAGCCGACCCCGCGCCGGAUUGAGCAGGGUAUGAGGGGAGAGGACGGCGGCAUGGGAGGAGGAAUAGGACAACGCCGAUGGAGAAAGGGGAGAGGAGUGAGAGGCUGUUCUACAAGCUCCUGAUCGACAACGUGGAGGAGCUGCUGCCGGUGGUGUACACGCCGACGGUCGGAGAGGCAUGCCAGAAGUACGGCAGCAUCUACAGGCGGCCACAGGGCCUGUACAUCAGCCUCAAGGACAAGGGGAAGAUCCUUGAGGUGCUCAAGAACUGGCCGGAGAGGAGCAUCCAGGUGAUCGUCAUCACCGACGGUGAGCGCAUUCUUGGCCUUGGAGAUCUUGGUUGUCAGGGAAUGGGUAUUCCUGUCGGCAAACUGUCUCUGUACACUGCCCUAGGAGGAGUUCGCGCGCCUUGCCUCCACCUUCACCCGUCUGCCACCAUCAUCGCCGCCAUCACCUCCGUCCUCGCCCCCUCCCUCACGCAUCGUUUCCCUCUGCGCUUCGCCUUGUCUCCCCUGCGCGUCGCUUCCCUCCACCCUCACCGCAUCGCGCCCCUCAUCAUUCCCUCGUGGGUCACCUCCUUCCACAUCGCUGCAUCUUCUGGAUUUGUUUGCAGCCGCCCUCUUGCAGAUCAUCCCUGAUCCAUUCGGUUAGCGUCAUGCCGCCGCCGGAUUGCCCCGUCGACUGGUUUCCCUCACACCGUCAUGCCUCCUUGCCCUCAUGAUUCACACGACGAGCGAGUUCCUGUCGAUGAGCCAGCAAGAUGAGCAUUGUCGCUGUCGCAUCACCGCUGGACAAGUGGACAACCCCAAAACCAGGGUAUCAUUGUCAUAAUUAGCAGAUUUCCUCCAAUCAAGGUCUCGACAAAUUCUACAUAUGGGCUCAGUUUUCUGGAAAUGGAAGAUGUGGGGGUGGAAGCAAGGGUAGAGUGAUGCAAAUGCUUCAUCGGGCCACGAUCGUCUGUCGGCCUUCUGGCUGUUUUUGCACCUGUCCUGUCCACCGCUGACGGCGCAAGGGAACUUCGGUGAGCUGUAGCAGGUAAGCAACAAGAAGCAGUGAUGGAUUAGCUUUCCCUUUAAGGCAGGUAAUAGCUGACUUGAGUUAAUUUAUUAAUUGGUGGAUUACUCAUGCAACACCUGCCAGUUUCCAUUAUUCUUUUAUACUUUUUUAUUGAAAAAAAAGGAAUUUUCUUACUUCUGUCAAUAAAUAUAAUACUAUGGACAAGCACUUUUGUUUGAUUGUAUUAAAAGAAAUACUAACAAAUGUUAAUGAGAUAUAAAGAGAAUCCUCCUAUCCAGUUUACUCCUUUUGUUGGUGCUAUUUGAUUGUGACUUAAACGGACCGAUGAUGUAAAUUCAUUUGUUAUACACUUACUCUACUCUGCACAAUAGGUCUCUGAUUAAAUGCCGCUGAGGGAGGGUUUGUUCUGGUUGAUGAAUUUUCAAGCAAAUCUGUUAAUGAUCUUUACAAGGUUUCUAUGUGUUUUUAUGUGUUUUCUGUGAGAUCUUUACAAGGUUUCGGUUUGGGGUACAAAUUCACAUUCGAUCUGGAUUUCAUUUUGGUUUUCAAGUGAAGCAAACAAGCCAACAUAAGGCCCUGCCAGGUAUGAGUUUGCUGCUCCUACUGUAUGUGCAUGUAGCAGAGGGCGAGAAGGAAGAGAGAAAAAAGUAGAGCAAGAAAAUAUUUAACAUUGGAAUUGGGAGAUGUUAGUAUGGAAUUGUGAUCAACCGUACUGUUGUGCACUGCUUUAGCUGAAACCAUCUGAGUGACAGGAGAGGAACUGGAAGUCGUGCAUUGAUACAAAUGAUAUUUUUGUGAUUUGUAGCCUGAGAUCAAAUAAAAUUUAGCAACUCAGCCAUAUUUCAGAGCCUGCUUCACUUAGGCAAUGUAAACUUAUAAAGGCCUUCACCUAGCCAAUACUAUUUAUUUUAUUUUUAUUCUCACAAUAGAAAUGAUAUUGUUUUCGAUGCCCCUAGGUGGCUCACACCAGUCUCUGCCAUUGCCAGUUUGGGUGCCUAAAUGAGGCCGGUGCCGUUGAAUGACAGCCAUAUUUCCAAGUCUUCUGAAUUGAUACAGGACUCACAGCUGAUACACUGAGUGCGACAAAGGUGAGUCAUGUGCGGCAAAUUUGAGGAUCAUGUAUAUUUUGGUAUUGCUGGCAGGCAUAAGUCUCACCAUUGAGCGAAACACCACAUUCAUAAGUUUAACGGCUAUUUAUCUAAAUUCAAUUUUGCAAAAAUGAAAGUUUUGUUUAAUGGCUGAAACUGCACAGUGCUACUAUGAUCUCAGAACCAAAGAAAUUAAUUGUCUGAGUUUCCUACCAGCAAAUUGAUUUGUUCAAAGAUUUAGGUGGUCACGGGCCAUAAUAAAUCAUUGAGAAUAUGUCAUAUAACAUUCAGUCAUGUAUCACAAACAAUUUGAUUUUGACAAAAUUAGGUAACACAUAAAUCAAUGUAUGCAAACAUCCAGAUACCUAACACUAUUGACUGCUUUUUUGUUUCGAGGGGGCUCACUGCUUAUAUUUUAUUGAGCUUAGCUAUAUUGUAUUUCUCUAAACUGCAUAACCAUCUCACUGCAUAGCCCAUAUCUAUAUACCACCGUGACAAUAACAGCUACAUCUCUACAAUCUUACUACUGGUAAGAAAUGAAGGAUUGGUGGUACAUAAAGUGCCUCAAGUUGAUUGAAACAAGCAACCAUUUGUAGAUCCAAACAAUAUCGUCGUUGUUAUUGUCAUACAUCUUGUUUGUAUAACUUACAUAUCUUUCAGACUCAAGGUGGCGAAGUUUGAUCUCUAAAAUAGCAAUCGGUGUUUUCUGCACUCGAAUAUGUAAAUAAGCUGUAGUGUGUCAGAUAUUACAAUGGUGUUCAUUAUAGAGCACACUUGCCGACAACAUUUUGCAGUGGGCUUAUCUAUGAAUAUUUUUUUUAUUCA